CGACUGCAACAAUUGUGUAAAUAGUAUUUGCAGUGUAAAGUUUGUGGCUGCAGUCAUUCGUUUGGUGUGUGGCGCGGCUUUAAACGUGAAACGCAUUUGAGCAUGCAAAUGCAAAUUAAACAAUACUGAGCUAAGCUACAACUUUAGCUUGUAACGCGUACCUGAGAAUGCGACAACAAUCAACAACGUCUUCAUCCCUACAAGUAUCCUGCAGCGCAUACAAAGCCAACGCAGCAAGAGCAGCAACAACAACAAUAAGCAACGUUGCAUCCGUUUCCGGCUCUUUGUUUUGUGUAUUCGUUUCUGGCUGCUGAUACGGCUAUUUGAUUAUACCUAGAGUACUUGCCACAACGUUUUUAUGAAUGAAAUUCUCUCAGUGCUAGUGUGUGUGUGUGUGUGAGUGUUUGUGUGCCAUGUCCAAGUCGAGCAGUGUCAACUGACAGCGCAUUGUUAUUGUUGCCAGGCGCUCUCUGCAGCGUAAAGAUCGUUAUCGCAUUUUAAAUAAGCACUUACCUACGCUACUGGAGCAAGCAGCCAACACAACAGUCUAGAGUCUAACUGUCAGGUAGAGCUCGAAAGUUAAUGCGCUUUAUUGUCUCAGUCGCGACACAUACUCUCCAACGAUCAAUAAACAUCACUGGCUGACUAAUAAAUUCAACUGUGCAGCGUCUGCUACGGUUUCGCACGCUCUUAAAACAAAACUAAAACAAAUAAAAAUUGUAAAUUUUUCCUGUACGUGUGUGUGUGUGUGUGUCUUCAACAGCAUGUGGCUCAGACUAAGUUGUCUGUUGCUGUCGCUCACGCUGGUGGCGGCCAAUGAACUAAAGGAUUUGCUAGCAGAUACCACAACAACAACAACAACAACUACAACAAGCAUAGCCAGCACUGCAACCACGCCCACUGCUUAUGUUAUCUCAGCUGCCGCUGUGCCCGCCUACAAUGCUGUAACGCCCAAAGUCAAAUCGAAGCUGCCCACGGUCAAAUAUUUCAACAAGAGCGUGCCCAAGAAGCGCAAGGCGGAGGAAGUGUCAUCGCUGCCGCUGCCCGUGGACAGCGAUGGGCUGCUGGAGUGGAAGUGUCCCAACAUCUCGAAUACGCGCAACACGGAACUCGAAUGCGGCUGCGAUUUGCCGCACACGCUGCGUUGCAACAUCGAUCUGCAUGGCUUGCUGUUGGUAGCGGAGCGUCUGCGCACUUCACCUUACUCCAUCUCACUGCUGGACUGCUCGUUGCGCAAUGUGAGUUUCCUAAGUGAUGCCAAGAUCUUUGAUGGCAUCUCGCUGCAUGGUCUGGUCAUCUCCUCGGGCGAAAUCAAGCGCGUGCACAAGUCUGCCUUUCUGGGCAUCAAGGGUCCGCUACAAGCGCUGGGCCUGCCUGGCAAUGCUUUGCUCAGCGUGCCCUGGAAUGCUUUGUCCACGCUAACUGCGCUGGAGCGCUUAGAUUUGGCCAACAACAAAAUCAAAGCACUCGGCACUGCAGACUUUGUAGGUCUGGCCAAUUUGGUUUACCUGGAGCUGGGCAACAAUCAAAUCUCCAGCAUUUCACAGCGCACCUUUGGCAAUCUACGCAAGCUGGAGGUGCUCAAGCUGGGCGGCAAUCGCUUGGGCGAUUAUCCGCAAAGCCUCAAGUCGCUUAGCCAGUGUUUGGCGCUUAGGCAGCUGGACCUAACAGCCAACAAUCUAAAUGGUCCAUUAAGCGCACAAACGCUGCCUGGACUGCGCCAGCUGGAAACGCUGGAUCUCAAUCGCAACAUGAUCAAGAGCAUACAGAACAAAGCGCUGGCCAACUUCUCACGUCUGGUGAGUUUGUCGCUGCGUCAUAAUCAGAUUGAUGUGCUGCAGGAUCAUGCGUUCUAUGGUCUGGGCGCCUUGGACAGCUUGGACUUGAGCUACAAUGGCAUUGUAGCCAUUUCCAGCGCUUCGCUGCAGCAUCUAACGCGCCUUACAGUCUUGGACUUGACGCAUAAUUUUCUGCGCGCACUCACCUCAGAUUUGAUUAUACCGCUGCCGUCGUUGCGUGAGCUGCGUCUGGCGGGCAAUGACAUUUCGAUUGUGGCGCGCAAUGCCAUGGAUCGCGCCCAUGAGCUGCAGAGUCUGCAAAUGCAGGAUAAUCCGCUUUCCUGCGACUGCAGCAUACGCCCCUUUGCCGAGUGGCUGCAGCUGAGUAAGCUGUCCUCCAGCUUGAGCGCUUCCUGUGUCACACCACCACGCCUAGAGGGCGCGCCUUUGCUGCAAGUGCCCGUGGAGACGCUCAGCUGUGAUAUGGACAAUGUGGAGAAGGAUAAUGCCAAUAUAAUGGAGCAUCUUGAAACGCUGGCAAAGCCUAAUGAAACAACAGCGCAUUUUAAGGAUUUGUCAGAUGAGAUUAUUCUACACGAGCUGCACUACUCUGCGGACUAUGGGCUUAUACUUACCUGGCUGCUGAAUCUGAGCAAGAAGGAUUACAUGUGUGAUGCUAUUUUUGUCUACAAGGAGGAGAACAUUAAUGAGAUACUCAUAGACAAUUCACCCAUACACUGCGAGAGCAAGCUCGUCAAUGGUCAGAACACUGUGAGCGUCAUAGUGCCCGACAGCUCCUCGCUGGUCAUAGGCGAAAGCUAUCGCUUUUGCCUGGUCAUGGUGCAGGAGCUAAAUCCCAAUGCGGAGGUAAACAUAGGCUGCUCCAACAUUACACAGCUGCAGCUGAGCAGUCCCGGCGUCAAGCCAUACGGACGUCAGUAUCAGCGGCGUCCUUAUUAUGCGCCGCAUGAGCUUGAGCCGGAGCCUGGCUCUGGCGAGGAUUAUGCCAUUAAUAAGCGUCAGUACAACAGCAUUGUGGGCAGCCAACAGCAGCAGCAUGUGCAUCAGUCCACGCCCACAUUGCUGCAUAGCUAUGAUGUCAUUGAUUCGCUUAACAAAAGCUUUCUGCCUGGUCUAGGCCUGGGCAUCUUGGUCACCUCGGUGGUGGUGCUUAUCUGGGGCGCCACACGCAUACGCCAGAGUGUCAGCAGCGCAGCGCUGGAGUCCGGCCUAAGCAGCAACAGCAGCAGCAUGCACAACAACAACAAUAACAGCAGCAGACCGGGCACACCCACAGCCACCACCUGCUAUGCUGCCUCGGAGCAUAUAGCACGCUUGGCGGAUGCGGAGCACGGCACGCGCUACUUGAAGCUGCAGGCAACAACCAGCCUGUAAUCCAGCAUGCAAUCAAUUGAAGCAAUUUUGUGAUAGUACAAUAAACUUUGUACCCAAACUUUUUUAUUGUUCAUAAGUACAAUUGUAGCUAGGAUAACCGCACUAAUCCAAAUACUUGGCCUCACACUAACCAAAUUGUGCCAUAACUUACAACACACAAUGUCCUUGCAACUUGACUUUGAUUUACAUACACUUGACCUCUAGGCAUUAGCUCUUGACCUCAACAUUAAGUUACACUCAGAAAAAUGCACGCAAUUCUAAAUAUUUAAAUGCCUCUGAGUAGUUUCAAUAAUGUCAAACUAAAAUUUAUUUAAAUAUUAAUUACUUAAU